AUGGACUCGGCAGCCCCGGCUCCCGUGCGGAGCGCCUCCACCAGGCAGCUACCUCCCAAGAAGCUGAAGCUCGGCCUAAACAGCGGCACCACCUGGCUCGUCGUCAACGGCGCCUUCCUCGUGGCUCUGUCCAUCUGCGGGAUGGGAAUCUUCACCAACCUCUCGAAGACGGUUCUCCACCCGAAGCUCCCACUCGCGACGUCCAAGACGGGCAGCCUCAUGUCCGACUUUAUCACCCCGCCCCUAAGCUACGGCUUCGAGGGUUGGGCCGGCGAGCUGAUGGCCAUGGGCGUCGGCAUGAUCGGCAGCGCGUUCUCGUUCCGUUACGAUUCCAAGGGCAGCAGGAAGAUCUCCAAGUGGGGCGGCCGAAGCUACGUCGCCUGCCUCCUCCGCUCGUGGAUCAAGCCCUUCUCCGAUCCGAAGACCAUCUGGAAGAGGGAAUGGCUCAUCUUCUUCUGGGUCGCGUUCGGCGUGAUGUGGAUCUGGGCGGAGAUGCUCUUCUCCCCGUCCAAGGUGGCGGCCAAGCGCAACGCGAAGAGGGCCAAGGCGAAGGCCAAGUGA